AUGGCUAAAAGUCCGCGUAAAAGUCCGCUUAAUUCUCGAUCAGUCAGUUCGUCACCUCGUUCACGAGCUGGACAACUCUCUCCGUCAUUGGAUCAAGAGCUUCCCAUUUUAAAAUCCUUGCUGAAGGAGCUACAAAGUCUCCGUGUGCGGAAAGAUAACAAGAUGCAUGUCCUACGGGAAAAUGAGCUGGACGCUUUGUAUUCUCUGUUGGUUUCCACAUGUCCUUCACUACAAAUGGACUGUCGACCGGAACGAAGCGCUCCUCAGUUGAAUAAGUAUCGUACGUUUGCACGACACUCGUCCGAGUCGAGAACCUAUGCCUCACAGCAACCACUCACUAGUGCCUAUGAACGUCGACAACGCUUAGCCAAUAUUGCACUCCCACGCAAACGCCCACCACCGCCCGGACGCUCAGUGCCAAAGGAUCGUGGAUGGCUACGUGCAACGCCUAUCUAUACUGGGCCGACAAAAAGUUCUAUUAUACCCCGAGCGAAUCACGCUCAUCUUCUACGAAUGCAGCAACUGCGCAAUAGCACACAAGCAAAACGUUCUUUGUCGCAAACGGACAGUCGACCAAAGAGUGUGAAUACCAUGGGGAAAAAAGCUUCUCACUCGAGGCAUUCCGCUUCUCAGUCGGACUAUUCUGAGGCAACAGAACCUACACAGAGUCAUCAGGGUCCACCUAAUCAAGCCAAAUUCGUUGCUGUGACGAGGGUGCUAAGCCGUCCGACUCGGGAAAAAGUGAACAGGCUCAACUCUGUCCCCGGGACCGUUUCCCUGACUCAGGUUCCCUCGGGGAUAGAACUGGUAUCGGAGAUCGCCAGACCUGUCAAUCCCCAGCUAGGUUGUUCUGAAAAUCAACCAGUCAGUACACUGCACGAACUCGAACCAGAUCUCACCGAACAUACACGUUCCGAAUCACGAGCUAGUCAGAUUGUUUCGCUUGUAUACGUAUCACGGGCUCGAACGACACCCAGUGUGAAAUCCUAUUCAACCGAGGAAGGGGAUCGAGCGGAAAAACAAAAUGACGCAUUACUGGUUGAAGAUGAAACAGAAGACAGCCAGAUAUCCGAGGAUCGAGAUGACCCAGGACCGGUUUCCAAGAAAAUUACCCCUGUCGCGCUACGUUUGACAAGCGAAGAGUACACCGAUCCUGAUCGUAAUUUGGUUUUGUCCAAAGCACACACGAUUGAAAACACAAUUUGCUAUUCCGAUCGAGUCGCUUCGACCACAAAUGAUGGGGUUCGUCGGAGCAGUACAUCAGUCAAUGCAUCCAGUUUGCCUGGGGGACCAGAGCAAAUAGAUCGGCAAAGCACCGUGCUGCAAACAGAAGAAGGAUCAAUUGAUGUCCCUCUAUCCCCAGGAGAACAGGAACGGAGGAUUCAUGGUAGUCCACAGUCAAAACUAAUCCAAUUACCAGAACUGGAAUUCCCGUCUAUUAACGACUAUUCUGAACAGGCCACGGACGGCGUUGACGAUUUGGAUAUUGAAGCAAUGCGUUCACGUGGGUCACGUGACUAUAUACUUGGAGGCACCAAAAUCAAGUGA